AUGGCUCGCUCUUCAUUCGCGUUGUUGAUGGUGACAGUGGCUCUCCUCGCCGCCUCCGCCUUCGCCGACGACAAGGCUAAGGUUGCCUCAUCCACCUCCUCCCAACCACCAUCAUCCACUCCAUCACCCUCAUCAAACCCAGCAGCAGCUGCCAAGACACCAUCCGCCACCCCGGCAGCGACCCCAGCCGCCACCCCGGCAGCGACCCCAUCCGCCACCCCAGCAGCGACCCCAUCCUCCACCCAAGCAGCGACCCCAUCCACCACCCCAGCAGCGACCCCAUCCGCCACACAAGCAGCGACCCCAUCCGCCACCCCAGCAGCGACCCCAUCCGCCUCCUCUGAGGCUCCCAAGUCCUCGGCUUCAUCAACCUCUCCGUCCUCCGCCCCCACCACCUCCUCCUCCUCCUCCCCAUCCAGCUAUCCAUCAUCCGACUCUCCACCCUCACCACCCACCUCCACUCCCGCCUCCGGCCCAUCCUCCGACGUCACCUCUUCUGCUCCUACCGAGUCGACUACGUCUGCUGAGGCUCCCGCCCCAUCUGGUGCAGCCGUGAACAGAGGCUUCUCUGCCGGUUCCGUGGUCGCCGUCGUCAUCGCGGCGUCGUUUUUGGCCUAG